AUGGGAACCACAACUUUGGCUAGUGGAGUAGCCGCUGUAACCGCAGUGGCCAUCGUCGUCUCGUUGGUGACUGUUGUUUACAUCGUAAACGACAUCAACAACUUCUAUGAUGACGUCCUCUCUGAACUCGACAGCUUCAAAGACCUCGCUAACUCCGCAUGGCAUGAAAUGAGAUCCACCCCUGAAAUGGCUCGUGACAAGCGUGCAGCAUUCGUGAACCGCAGACAAUCUGGUUACAGCACGGGAGGAGGCACGGGAGGAGGCGGAUCACAAUGCAACUGUGGUCAACAGGCCAGCGGCUGCCCCGCAGGACCACCUGGACCUCCUGGCCAACCCGGACUUCCUGGUGAAGCUGGACUGCCUGGACAACCUGGAAGACCAGGAAAUGCCGGAGGCACCGGUGGAGGCACUGGAGGUGGCGGCUGCAUUUCGUGUCCCGUUGGACCUCCUGGACCACCAGGACCAGACGGAGGCCCCGGACCAGCUGGACCAGAUGGAAACCCUGGAGCUCCUGGAGGUGGAUCUGGGGCCUCACCACCUGGACCUCCUGGGCCACCGGGAGACGCCGGACAACCAGGAAGUGAUGGUCAACCUGGAGCUCCUGGUCAGCCAGGAGCACCUGGAACAAGUGGAGCAGGACAGCCCGGACCUCCAGGUCCUCCUGGACCAAACGGAGCACCUGGACAACCAGGUCAGAACGGCAGUGCUGGUGGCGGUAGCAACGCUGGUCCUCCAGGUCCACCUGGACCAAAUGGAAACCCAGGACAACCUGGAGCCCCUGGAGCACCUGGAGCACCCGGAGGAGACGCUGCACCUGGUGGUGAUGGAGAAUACUGCCCUUGUCCACCUCGAAGUGGAGGCGGUAUAGGCGUUGGAGGAGGUAGCGGAGGAGUCGGAGGAGGCAGCGGAGGAGUCGGCGGAGGUAGCGGAGGAGUCGGAGGAGGUAGCGGUGGCUACAGAGGUGGACCAGGUGGCGGAUACCGUAGACGUCAUCGUGUUCUCAAGAAGAAGCGUAUGCUCAGAAGAAAGGUUGCAAAGAAGGCCUAA